CCAGGCUGCACGGUAGGACCGGGGCGAGGGGAGCCAGGCGGUCAGGGCGGAGGCCAAGCCCGGGAGAUGCGGUUGCAGCCGCCACGGCUGUUGGGGCGCCUGGCGCUCCGUCCGAGGCGGGUGGCUGUGAGGCCAGGGGAGUAGGCAGGCGCCCAGAGAGAUUCUUCCAAGUUGGCGGGUGGCGGGAGAGGGGGCCGCGCGCCCCGGCGCAGCUGCUUUGUGCGCGCAGAGAGGGACUCGUGCCCCUGGUUCUCUCCAACCCUGGGACCCGUUGUGCGGGCAGUAUUGGGCAAGCCACGGAACGGAGCGAUUUCCUCCGAGAAAGUUGAGGAUGGAGCCUUUUUUUCCUCACUGUCCCCGCGAUGGGAUGGGCCCCAAGAAUGCCGCCCCGAGGCUCCCAGUGUAGGGGAACUCGGGGUCGCUGCGCCUCUAGCUUGAGCGCAGAAAUCCGCGAAUCACUCCGAUCUUCGCGAACUCUGGCAUCUUCUAGGAAAAUCAUUACUGCCAAAACUGAGGCGAGCUUUCCUGGCGGGCACGGCACCCUGCCUCCAGGGCGCUGGCCCUGGCCGAUGCCCCCUUUCCGAUCUCAGACUUGGUCAAGGGCACCAGGUUCCGAAUUCGCGCUUGCCGUGCACGCCGGCAUCGAACCUCACCAACACCGCCGGGCCACGUGGCUGGAGUAGAUUCACUGCGUGCUGUCCUCACUUCUUCUACAAUGAGUGCCAAAUCUGCUAUCAGCAAGGAAAUUUUUGCACCUCUUGAUGAAAGGAUGCUGGGAGCUGUCCAAGUCAAGAGGAGGACAAAGAAAAAGAUUCCUUUCUUGGCAACUGGAGGUCAAGGCGAAUAUUUAACUUAUAUCUGCCUGUCAGUGACAAACAAGAAACCCACACAGGCGUCCAUUACAAAGGUCAAACAGUUUGAAGGCUCCACAUCAUUUGUUCGGAGAUCACAGUGGAUGCUCGAGCAGCUUCGCCAGGUUAAUGGUAUUGAUCCUAAUGGGGAUUCGGCAGAGUUUGAUUUGUUGUUUGAAAAUGCUUUUGACCAGUGGGUAGCCAGCACAGCGUCAGAAAAAUGCACCUUCUUCCAGAUCCUCCACCAUACCUGCCAGAGGUACCUCACAGACAGGAAGCCAGAGUUUAUUAACUGCCAAUCCAAAAUUAUGGGAGGAAACAGCAUCCUCCAUUCAGCUGCUGACAGCGUGACCAGCGCAGUGCAGAAGGCAAGCCAGGCCUUGAAUGAGCGUGGAGAGCGAUUAGGCCGAGCAGAGGAGAAGACAGAAGACCUGAAGAACAGCGCCCAGCAGUUUGCAGAAACUGCGCACAAGCUUGCCAUGAAGCACAAAUGUUGAGAAACUGCCUGUCCUGGUGACCGUUCUUAAGAGAAACUGAAGAGUUUGUUCAGCAGUUUUUACAGGAAUUCGGGACUUCCGCUUGCUUCUUUUUUUCCAAUAUUUGGACACUUAGUAUGGUUUUUGUUUUUUCUUUUCAGAUGUUAAUGUGAAAGAAAGGGUGUUGCAUUUUUACAUUUCCCUAAUGAUCUUGCUAAUAAAUGCUACAAUAGCAUCAGCUUCAUUUUGGGUUUUUGCCUCCUCCCACUGUGUGUGUGUGUAUAUGUAUGUUUUGAAUAUGUUUUCUUUAUUAAAAAAAAAUUUUGUAGUUUAAAUAUGAAAUUUGGACCAACUGAUAAACUGCGCUGAGUCUAAACUGGCAACAUGUAUUUUUUUUUCUCUGAUAUUAAACAGGAAGGCAUUUUAAUGUGGUGACAUCAGAUGUUAUUUUUCCUAGAUGAAAAUAAAAGUCAAGCAGUGAUUAGUUUCACUCACCGUCCUAGCUACACUUAAUUUGAAGAUUAAAAUUCUACAUUGUGGGAAACAAUUGAAUUUAUUGGGGAAAAUAGCAGUCUUAGAUUUUGCUCUUUGUAUAGUAAUCUCUUGCAUGAACCAUCACCAGCAUUCAAAAAAAAAGAAAAAAAAAACAGAAUCGCAGAUAGAAAUCUCUUUCCUGAGUUACAGUUUAAAUACUCUUGCUACUUGUAUCCAGGGUGUUUAUUUGGAAUUCUCAUAUGAAGGGUAAAAAUUUGAGAGUAAAGGCCUAAAGAAAAGCCUGCCUAAAACCCUCUGUGUACUCACAGAUGUUUCUCUUGUCGUUGUCAUAGUGAUGGUCGCUGGUAUGGAAAAGUGCUUAUAUUUUUAUCAAAAAAUUGAUUUGUCCAGAAAAAGGUCUGUGUCGAUGAUAAUGUGAACAAGUAAUACAUUUAAAAUAUUUGUCUUGUCUUUUUACAGUCAUGCCUAUUUUAGAGACACCUUCAUAAUGUCCUUGGGAAAGGGCCUUUAGUUUCUUGGUAUCUGGAUUUUGGAGGUUUUGAUGUUGUUUUUGCUAUCUAUUUAUUUAAUGUAAUUUAACAUGUGAGUUUCUUGACAAAUUGCAUUUCAUGGCAAUUGCACCUUGCCUGGUCUGAUAAAAACACCACAGUUACGAGCCUUUACAUUGCAGUCAGUUUCAAUACAGUUGGUCACACACCUCGUGAUUUUCUAUUACUCAAGAUAAUAAGGGGCUUAGAGUCUAGAAGUUUUGUUUCCUAGAGGAUUAAAAUGCUAAACAUAAAAAAGCUGUGAUUUUUUUAUGAAACAAGGAGACAAGCUGCACAUCUCAGACACAUUGUAAGCCUACCACUGCAGCGCAUUGAUUUUUAAGCUGCCUGAAUCUUCAGCACUCCUAUCUAUUCCAUCCUAUCCAUUUUGCCGAUUGAGUCGAUGUGUAUUGCAGCCUCUUACAUAGGAGCAUAAGAUGACUUUUGGAUUGUUAAUACUGAUUUAAAUAGCUGAAGUUCUCCUAAUAGAGCAUUCCCAGGGAGAGAGAAAGUUUGUCUAUUGGGGGAAAAUAUAUUAGACAGGCACAUUAAAAGGGAGAUGAGAUUUGUCGGAGACAAAUUUCAGAAUCCUUUUAGGUGAUCCAAUUCAAGAAAACCCUCUAUAAAAUUUAAUAAACUAUAUAAGUUAACUAUAAUAUUUUAUACUUUUUGGUGUCUUAAAAAUUUAAAGAAGUGAGGAACGUGCCAUUUGGUGAGUACUGUUAGAAGCUAUUUUAAUUUCUAGGAAAAGCCCCAAAUAUCACUCCAAAUAGAUUUUAUUUGCAGACCUCAGUUCAGAAUACACACACACACACACACACACAGACACACACACACAAAGAUGUAUUUAUCUUUCCAAAUUGGAUUCUGGUUUCAGAGAUAGAGAGUUGGUAUAAAUAAUUGAAAGGAUAAAUCUAAAACCCCCUGACAGUCCGCCAAAUUCAAGAACAGAAUUGGUUGCCAACUCUCUAACAACAGUGUUUGGGAAGCUGAUUCCAAAGUAGCUGAGGAUGAGGUCAUAAGCAUACUGUGAAACCCAAGAUUCUUCUUCCCUGGUAGAAUGAUAAUAGUUACUCUUAAUAAAUAUAAGUAUUCCAUGUCUUGCCCUCUUUCCUCACCCUCUGCUUAUCCUUUUAGACCUAAGUUUCAUUGGAAAUAGCCUGAAUUAGAAGAAAGCCCAUCCGAAUCUUUAUUAGCCCCCUCUAAUGAUUAGUUUCCAGGCUGUGUUCAUACCUUUGACCUCUCAGUGUCAAAGUCCUACCUAGGCCUCCCCACAACAGAGUCGGCCGUAACAGCAAUCCCUGCCCCUCCUUUACCUCCCAGCCUCUUGCAGAGGAGCCCAGUGACAACACAUGUGAAGUUCUUUGCUAUCCUUUUGUAGAAGGUGCUGCAGUACAAAGUAUUAAUACAGUCUGACUUAGACAAAAUAACUCUCAUCAUUUGGGACCAGUUUGUUUGGUUGAGCUUGCCAGAAGACAUUUCAUUUGUUUGUUUCAUGUCUGCACUUCUCUGUGAAUUUUGGGGUACUAUAUUUCUGUGAAGGACUUACUGUAUGGACAACUCAAAAAGGAAAGAAACUUUCCAGUAUUACCACUUCUUCCUGGAAUAUAGCUGUAGUAUUUCUCACUAGUAUUAUUAGAUACCUGUGUACAGAAAGUAUGCAGUUAUUCAGGUUGAUGUUUCAUAUUAAAGAAUGUAUUUGUAAAAUGUAACAUGAUCAGUAGUUACCUUUUUUCAAGCUCUGAAGAAGUUCAGAUUACGUGUUAGACUUAAAUUACAGUGAAAUCUGUUUUAAUGCUACUUUUGUGGCUAGCAAAGGUUGUGCAUCUAUUUAAAAUUAUUUACAGGAUGCCCUAAAUAAGGGGCAUUAAAGAUAGGUUUAGCUCUUAAUUUUAGAAAUUGUGACACUACUGAUGUCUGUCGUACAGUUAUUAAUUCUUCAGAAGUUCUCUGAGAUGUCAAAUAUAAUUUUUGUUUAAUUCAGAGAUAAGUAACACCUGCUCUAUUGAUUCACUAUUACAACAAACCCGAAUUUUGUCAUUAAAUAUUUUAACUCUGUGAUGAAA